AGGAGCUGUUUGUUUGUCCUGCAGGCCGUGUUGCCCUCUGCUUGGUGUGUGGCUCCUCUGCUUGGGAGACGCUAUGCUGUCGAAGCUAAGAAGACGUUUGCACGAGACAAACCCCACGUGAACAUCGGAACCAUCGGACAUGUGGACCACGGGAAAACCACGCUCACCGCGGCUAUCACCAAGGUGCUGGCCGAGGCGGGCGGUGCUCGCUAUAAGAAGUAUGAGGAUAUCGACAACGCUCCAGAGGAGAAAGCGCGAGGAAUCACUAUCAACGCCUCGCACGUGGAAUACAGCACGGCCAACCGACACUACGCACACACUGACUGCCCCGGGCACGCGGACUACGUGAAGAACAUGAUCACGGGCACCGCCCAAUUGGACGGCUGCAUCCUGGUUGUCGCAGCGACGGACGGACAGAUGCCGCAGACGAGGGAGCACCUCCUGUUGGCCCGUCAGAUCGGCGUGGAACACGUGGUUGUGUUCGUGAACAAGGCUGACGCCGUGGAUGAUAAAGAGAUGCUGGAGCUGGUGGAGCUGGAGAUCAGAGAACUGCUGAGCGAGUUCGGAUACGAAGGGGAGAAAACACCCGUGAUAGUGGGGUCAGCACUGUGUGCGCUGGAGAAUCGCAGUCCUGAGAUCGGGGUCGAUUCGAUCAUGAAGCUGCUGGAAGUUGUUGACAGCUACGUUCCUCUGCCCAAGAGGGAGUUGGACAAGCCCUUUCUGCUGCCCAUCGAGGCCGUGUACUCCAUCCCCGGUCGCGGCACUGUGGUGACAGGGACCCUCGAGAGGGGGGUGAUUAAGAAAGGCGACGACUGCGAGUUUGUGGGGCACAACCGCGCCUUCAAAUCCGUUGUGACGGGUAUCGAGAUGUUCCACCAGCACCUUGACAGGGCUGAGGCUGGCGACAAUCUGGGAGCGUUGGUGAGGGGCCUGAAGAGAGAGGACAUGAGGAGGGGCAUGGUGAUGUCAAAACCGGGGUCCAUCAAACCCCACCAGAAAGUACAAGCCCAGGUGUAUGUUCUCAGUAAGGAGGAGGGCGGGAGGCACAAGCCCUUUGUCUCGAACUUCAUGCCCGUCAUGUUCUCUCUCACCUGGGACAUGGCCUGCCGAGUGGAGCUGCCACAGAGCAAGGAGAUGGUAAUGCCUGGAGAGGACACCUUCCUCACUGUGUGCGUGUGUUAUAUGACAAAUUCAGAGGUGCUUUACUGGCAUGACAUUAACACUAUGAACAUCAGUAUAAAAAUAAAUAAUGAAAAGGAAUAAAUGUAACCCCCCCCC